GUGAGAGUGACAUCUAAAGUAAAAACAAUCAGCCAUGGCCCUAUAUUUCCUAUACCCUGCUGUUGCCGCUCUGGCCUUGUUCAUCGUCGGCGUCAUUAUAAUUAUGCUGCGCUAUGGGCCACGUCUCUGUGGCCUGCGCCAUCAUGCGCUCCCUGACAACCAUGACCUCAGGGAGAAGACAUACGAGCAUGAGAUAAGCUAUGCAUAAUUCGAUGCGCUUUUUUUCAAUAUUAUUACUUUUUACACAUUCUGGCAAUGUAAUAUAUAUAUUGCUCUAUAUAUCUCCCCCCGAAACUAACCUUAGUUACUGUAAGUCCCCUCACUAAUCGUCUUUUUGCACCCCAAGGAUAAUUAUUUUGCAUGCAGUACAAAUAGCUUCAUUUAGUGUCCAUCUGCUUGUCCAUUUCUAUUUAUCAUAUCAAGACAAUGUGCCUUCAAUGUAGAGACUCGUGAGUAAAUUAUGCCGUCCAAGUGUCUUCUAGUAUUGUAAGAUCCCAUAUGUAAUUAAAAUUAAUUCUAUUUACACUUUUUGAGAAGUUUACAGAUUCUGCAUUUCAAUUCGUUUAUUUUCCUAACGCAAACUCUAUACAUUUGUAAACCCAAUAUGGUCCAGUACAGAAAUCAAAUAAAGCUUCAAUUUACAUUUCCGUAA